UUAGACACAUAACCUCAACAUACACCUAUUUGUUAGCAUACAAACCAACGUGAUAUCAUACAGUAGAUUGUUUUUCUCCGUUUUUAAAUUCGAAUUGAACGCAUAAUAAGCAAAAGAUGGCCAGUGAUAGCAAGAGAAUCCCUGCACCCGAGUCUACGCCCUACCAUUUGAGUAGUCGACAGAAAACACAAACAUAUCAAGAAAAACUGGCUACAACAUUGCAAGGCGGUCAGCGGCAGGAUAAACGUAAAUUCGAAGAAGCACGAAAGAUAUUUUUGAAGCUCAAUGUCAUAUCGAAGGCGAAAGGUUCGGCAUACAUCGAAAUGGGAAACACAAAAGUGAUUGUUUCAGUGUUUGAUCCACGUGAAGUAGCCAACAAACAGAAUAACUUCAACACAAAUGGUGAACUGUAUUGUGAAUUCAAAUUUUCACCGUUUGCAACCAAACGACGAGCGACGAAGAAUGAUGUGGUUGAAAAAUCCUUGGCACUUUCAUUGAAGCGAGCAUUGUUGCCGGCAGUGUGUCGAUAUGCGUUUACAAAUUUCCAAGUCGAUAUCUACGUGAAUGUGAUUGAAGACGAUGGUUCAGUGUUGGCCGCUGCAAUCACAGCAGCUGGUUUGGCCAUUUCUGAUGCGGGCGUUCCAAUGUAUGACAUUGUCACAGCAACGGCAGUCGCUAUUGUUGACAAUCAAUUGCUGGUCGAUCCGACAAGAGAUGAAGAAGAUGUGUGUACGAGCGUUGAUUUGGAUCAAGAGCAUGGUUUAAUCGUAGUGUCAUCGCUUCACACACUCGAGCAAGUGUCCGAAUUGUGGUGUUGUGGAUUGAUGAGCAGCGAAACGGUAUCCCGUUUGACCGAAGUGCUACGUGAACACAAUAAGCAAAUCGUACCGAUUAUUCAACAGAUUUUAGUCAACAAAGUGAAAAACAGCAUCGACGAAACCGAACAUCAGAAACAACAAAGCAAGAAAAUCGACUAACAAACAAUUUGCUACUCUUUUUUGUAUGAAAUAAAACACAAACAUUGGCUUAAUUUUCUUAA